CCUUCCCAUUCCCAUUCCCAUUCAACAUCAACACAUUGCAUGCCAUGGCUUCCCACAAACUCCUCACCAUUUUCCUGCUUUCUCUCAUUUCUUACUCUUCAUUCUCUCAAUCUCAAGCCGAUUGCCCACCCACUCCAAAGCCCGCGCCCACACCCACUCCAAAGCCCACGCCAAAGCCCGCACCCACACCCACCCCGAAGCCCACACCACCCACUCCAAAGCCCGCACCCACACCCACCCCGAAGCCCACACCACCCACUCCAAAACCCGCACCCACACCCACCCCGAAGCCCACGCCACCCACCCCAAAGCCCAGUUGCCCUCCUCCUCCAUCUGCAUCACCAACCUGCCCUAAAGAUACCCUAAAGCUAGGUGUUUGUGCUAAGGUCUUAGGACUCGUGAACGUUAUUAUUGGAACUCCUCCUACGAGUGACUGUUGCGCUUUGAUCAAAGACUUGGCGGAUUUGGAAGCUGCGCUUUGUCUCUGCACUGCCAUUAAGGCCAAUGUGCUUGGAAUCAACCUCAAUGUUCCAGUCACGCUCAGCGCGAUCCUUAGUGCGUGUCAGAAAACUGUUCCUCCUGGCUUCCAGUGUCCCUAGGUCACUUCUUAUAUAUACCAUGCACUUUAUACGAUUCAUGUACUGCUUGUAUACGCAUUUAUUUCGCAAUUGUUGUUGUUUUAAUCGCCGUGUUCUUCGUAUAGUGUACUAUUGUUGUUAAUUAAUGUUUGUUGCAUCAGUUUUCUAAGGUGGAAUUACCGACAGGGCAAGCCUGGUUGCCUUUGUCUCCUAGCUCCUAUGUAUAAUGAAAUGUUGUCUUAUUUCAUCAUUAUGUCCAUAUUCGUACUUCUUUGAAUGUGGAUUAUCUAGAGUUUAACUUUA